AUGUGGAAGACGUUGGUGAACGACAAAAAUAAACCCAAUACACGUCCGCUGGUGACGAAACCUCCCACCAAGACUAAGCCGAAAGCUUACAAUGCUAAAAUGAGGCGAUUGAGCCAGUUCGACGAUUAUAGCGCAUCCGACACACCCCGCUUAUCGCUAGCAGAGGAUCUCAUACCGAAAGUGAUCGACACUAGUUUGUUCGUGGGACCAGUAUAUGACUCUACCAGGAGGCGACAGAGUGUUAUCAAGGAACAGCUCGGAGAUAUUACACAAAGGCUCCAUAAGACUCUACAUCAGUAUGAUGUCCUGGACGAUGUUGAACCCAGUCCUCCGCGAAUGGAAAUAAUGGAAAGUCUCACCAGAAACAUCGACACUAUGGACCGAGAAGAGUUGAAAGGUCAUCUGGAAGGUUUCAUGAUGGGAUAUAAGGAUUUAACGUCUAGUGUGGAGGAGAGUAACAAGGAGAGAGAGGAGCUUCUCAUGCAAGUGGCAGAUUGGAUGACCACAGAUCAUGUAGGACUGGAUGAUUUAAAGAUGUCAUUUGAUGAAGAUGAAGCAUCAGAAAUCAGUACAGGGUAUGUCAACACCGUGGCUGAUUUAGAAAAGUUGAAGUCGCUGAAGGAGGAAAUAAUUAAAUGUGACUUCAAUGGCAAAAAUACGAAAAUUCUUGAACAGGAGAAAAAACGUUUAGAGAAAAGUGUGAUGGAGGGCCUUGCUGAAAUGAAGCAGACUAAGCAGAAAGGGAUGGAUAAAUCACAAGAAGAGGCUCACUGGAAACAUUCUGCGGAUGAGGUUGUCCAACUCCUCAACAAAGUCCGAUUGGAAAACAAAGAUGAAAAGGAAGUACUAAACAAUAAGAUAACAGAGCUUCUAACUCAGAUCGACCGCCAGCAUAUUCAGAUCAGAAGCCUUAAAGGUGAUGUAAGAAAAGAAAAGAACGUAGCAUCUCACUUAGCUGAUGACAAUGCAGACCUCACCAAGGAAGUAAUGCAGCUCAGGGCAAAAAUUACAAAAUAUGAGAAUGACCUCGAGCAGGCAAAGAAGGUAAUUGAGAGACAGCUAUCAAGCUUGAGUGAAAUGGACGAUGAUUCUGAUGGUUCCUCUACCAGUGUUUUCAAGUCAGCAUCUGACACCAUCCAUAAAGAAUCAACCUUUAGUCAGCUGGCACGAGAAACAAGCAGUGAUCCUGCCAUUCUUAGGUCACACCUCAGGGACCUUAAAGAAACCAUUGAGGCCCUGACAAAGGACCUUAGCAAAGCUGGAUCAAAAAUGAAGGAAAUUGAGCUGCUGAACAUGGAACUUGAAAUUAAGGUAGAAGAUCUUGAGAACAGGCCACCAGAAGUUGUCACAGAAACUACCACUAUUGUCAAUGAAGUAAUAGUCACUAAGGCUCCAAGUUUCUGUGAGUGUCACCUGCCUAAAGUAGAAAAGAAACCAUCAGUAAACUUGGAGCUUGUUGCUGCUCAAGAAGAGGUAACAAAGCUAACAGAGAAGAACCAAACUCUGAAGAAAGCUCUGUAUGACACGGAGAUGAAACUCAGUGAUGCUUUUAAGGACCUUGCUGAGCUGCGUGUCUUGGUCGACAAGUAUGAAAAUGAAACGCCAGUGAUAGUCAAAGAGAAGUCACCAGUUCAGCCCCCUCCCUCUCCAGAGCCCCCCACACCUCCUCCAGAACCUGUAGAGGAGGAAGUUAUUGUGGAAGAGGUGGUCAAAGAGCCGGAGCCAGAGGAACCUGUACCUGUACCUGUACCUGUACCUGUACCCCGUGCAGAGCCAGCCAAGAUAAACAAAGGAUCCAUUGAGGAGCCACCCAAAAUGAAGCCAAAACAGGCCCCUCCCAAACCAAAGCCAGUACGCAAACCUGUGGCCAGGAAACAACCACAGAAGGUAUAUAUAUCAAUGGUGUAA